AUGAGGACUGUCUGGAGUUUAGAACUCAUGGUGGUCUCUGUAAAAAGUGUUCAGGGUCAGACACUAACUGAAUCUGGACCAGUGGUUAAAAAGCCUCAGGAUUCCCACAAACUGACCUGUACAUAUAACGGGUUUGGUGGAAACAUUGAUGCAGCUUGGAUCAGACAGGCUCCUGGGAAAGGACUGGAGUGGGUGUCCUAUAUUAGCAGUGGUAGUAGUUACAUCCACUAUUCCCAGUCUGUUCAGGGUCGGUUCACCAUCUCCAGAGACAACAGCAUGAAGCAGGUGUAUCUCCAGAUGAACAGUCUGAAGACUGAAGACUCUGCUGUUUAUUAUUGUGCACGACAGCUGUAUGGAUACUUUGACUAUUGGGGGAAAGGAACAAUGGUCACAGUAUCAUCAGCAGCCACAGCCACCCCUACUCUAUUUCCUCUUAUGAACUGUGGAACCGCUUCUAACAAUGUCUACAGCAUCGGUUGUCUCGCUACCGGCUUUUCACCUUCCUCACUCACAUUCAAGUGGAAAAAUGCCAGCGGGAGUCCGCUGUCGGACUUCAUCCAGUACCCGGCAGUCCAGAGUGGGGGAGCCUACACAGGAGUCAGUCAGCUCCGUGUGGCUAAGAAUGACUGGGAAAACUCAAAGUCUUUCAUUUGUUCUGUAGAACAUCCUGGAGGUGGAAAGACAGCAGUCAUCCAUAAACCAGUCCCAAAGUCUCCAACAGUAUCUUUGCUGUCGGGGCCCAUUGGCACCACCCAGUACCUGAUGUGUAUGAUUGAAGAUUUCACCCCCAAUAAAGUCACUGUCACCUGGAAGAAGAAUGACAUGGAGGUGGAGGGCCAGAUCACUACUGUAGGCAAACAGCCGUCAGGCCUCUACUCAGGCAGCAGUCUGCUGAAGGUCAUCAACACUGACUGGAACAACAAGGUCAAGUACAGCUGUGUGGUGCAGCACCAGGGACCACCCACCAUCAAGACAAUCUCCAAAACAGAACCACUGACGGUGACUCUGAACCCACCGCGUGUGAGAGAUGUGUUCUUGGACAACAAAGCAGUGCUGGACUGUGUCAUCAGUGGUACAGACCAGGACACAGUGUCUGGUACCACUAUCACCUGGCAGGUCGACAGACAGGAACAAACAGAUCACAUCGAUCUGAAACCUAUUGAAUCAAAGGGCAACCUGAACAGCAGGGUCAGUACUCUGACCAUAGACCAGACGAAGUGGACCAAAGUGAAGACAGUCCAGUGUUCUGCCAAGAAGAGUGGUGAAGACAAACCGGCCAUUCAGGUCAUCAGCUUCACCAAAGGUGAAGCCCCUUCAGUGUCCGUCCACCUUCUCCCAGAGGAAGACACCAGGGAGGAGGAGACUGUGACUCUGGUGUGCCUGGUGAUCUGCCCGUCUCUCUGUGACGUCUACAUCAUGUGGCAGGUGAACAGCAGCCAGUACCAGGAGGGGGUCACCAGUCCUCCUCAGAAAACCCCGGAAGGCACCCACUCUGUCACCAGCGUCUUCACCACCACCAAGGAUAAGUGGGAGACAAACGUACUUUUCACAUGCGCCGUCAAGCACGCCGGCUCGGACAACAGCACCGCACCUAAAGAGAGGAGUGUGUCGAAGUCCAUGGCGAACAUCCUACAGACUGAGCCUGAGGCGGGAUUCGCUCUGAGCUGCACGGACAACGAUGAGGAUGAUUUCAGCAGCCUGUGGUCCACCACCUCCUCCUUCAUCAUCCUCUUCCUUCUCUCUCUCACCUACAGCACAGUACUCAGCCUGGUCAAGAUGAAGCAGUGAAGAACACAUGAUGGACUGUAGAGAUAGAUGUGUCUAGAUUAGAAAGAAAAUGGUCUGCAAUGGUUAUGGCAUAGUAUUCUUCAGUAGUAAUGUUACAUAUAUAUCCAAUACAUUAUUGAUUAUGAUUGAUUAGUAUUGUUGUUCUCAAUAUUAUACAAGCAUUGUGGUGAUAUGUUAUUUUUCAUUCAUUGAUUUAUUUUGUACAGUAUCUUUGAAUAUAAGUGUAUACUGUGAUGUCUGUGUGUCCUUUUUCACUUUAAGUUGUUGUCUUUUUUUUUUACAUCCGCUGGAUACUAAUACUGGGACAAGGACACAUCCUAAAUACAAAGACAUUACUGAUUGGAAUGUUUCUGCUUGGCAGAGUUAUCUAUGGAGCCAAAUUACAGCUGUAGUCCCUCCCUGGACAGAUUAAAACAACGUUAGAUAUCU